AUGGAGAAUGUAUCCAUCUCUGGACAGGAUAAUAGAGUUUUGGAGCUUUCUAACCGUCCAGGACAUGUGAGGGCUGCCCCCACCAAAGAGAUUCAUGGGAUCAAAUCAUAUCUUCCGCACUUCCAUACACCCAAAUCUAUAUCUCUUACUUACCGACCGCCACCUCCACCUCCAUGA